AUGGCAUGUGCCUCCUUUCCGCGAGGCUCGAGAUGCCCACGCGACCUAUGCCCCCUUCUCUCUUGUAGCUUGCGCCUGCUGUGGGCCAGCAAUCCCUGCCCCUUGCGGGGCACUGACACCCGAGUGCCGCACUGCCACCUCCAACGCAUCCUUGCAAACGACAGCAUCGGCCCCACAGAGAAGCGCCUCUGCUUCCGUGGCCAACUUUAUAGUGCGCGGAAAGGAAAACACCCAGACACACGACUGCCCCCGCGGAACUCACAAGCAGAACACAGGAGAAGCUGUCCAGCAACGCUGGCAGUAAAGCGCAACUUCACUACAUCCAUCCUUGAGGCGGCCGAUGCAUCGUCCCGCGAUAGCGCUGCGACGCCGCCGGUUGUGGCCGCAUCGGCAACGCUUAGCAGAGCGCACUGCCGCUUAGAAAUGAGGGCCACGCGACCGUUUCCGGCUGGCGAGAAGCGCAGCGCCAACCUUUGCGUCAAGCCCCCAUCCAUAUCGCGCGCCGGCGCACCCGCCCUCACAACGGACAGUGGUGAAGCCGGAAGCCUGAAAGAGCCGCACCGUGCCGUACUUCAAGGCAAGCAAAAGUGGAUACUGGUCCCCCGCUGUAGGCAAAGCAAUACUGCACACAAACUCUGGCCCGCACCUCAAACGUUUGAAGCAGGCAGUUUCCCCGGGAAACCAACAUUGUCCAUCCAUGCUCCCUUAUUCUCGAAGGGCACGCAACAAAAACUUCACGGCACACAUGAAAAUGAGGCGAACCCCACGGCACAGCAAGGGGCAGAUGCUCCAGAAGCGUCUUGGCGUCCACGCGUUUGCACGGAUCCACGGAAACAGCCACUGAGAGCAGGGAACAAGCGUCCAAAUAGGACAUCAAAACACACUGUACAGCCCCAUCAUAGAAGCCUGUAG